UCAGACCGUGCCGAGGUCAUCCACCUCACCGCCUCUGCUCGGUUCCCCGCCCCCGAAACUUUUUUUUUUCCCGUCUCGCUCGGCUGCUACAAAUCGCAAUUCCCCAAUCAAAACAUAUUCGCUUCUAUCUCUCCCCUGUUCUGCGUCCUCGCUCAUCGCCGCCGCCGCAGCACGCUGCUGUCGCCGCCGCCGCCGCAGCCGCCGCGGCAGCUGCGAGCAAGGUUCUUUGGAGCGUUUGAGGAUUUUGCGGAUGGCCGGUGCCGCAGUAACGGAUGAUUCUGCUGCAAGCACAGCUGGGAUGAGGGAUGAGGAACGUAGCCUGUCCGGUGAGUCCUUGUCUGAGUGGAGGUCCUGCGAGCGGGCAGACAGCGACAGCCCUUCGACGUCCCCGCCCUUCUGGGACACUGACAGUGAUGAUGAUGAUCCUGGCCCCAAACCUUUGGAUUUAUUUGGACGUUACACUUGGAGGAUUGAAAACUUCUCAAAGGAGAAGAAGAGAGAAAUGAAAAGUGAGCCAUUUGAAGCUGGUGGUUACAAAUGGUACAUUCUUGUAUACCCUCAAGGAUGUGAUGUCUCUAAUCAUCUUUCAUUGUUCCUUUGUGUUGCUAAUCAUGACAAACUUCUCCCAGGAUGGAGCCAUUUUGCACAGUUCACUAUAGCUGUAGGCAAUAUAGAUCCUAAAAAGAUGAAAUACUCAGAUACUUUGCAUAGGUUCUGGAAGAAGGAGCAUGAUUGGGGAUGGAAAAAGUUUAUGGAGUUGUCAAAGAUUCAGGAUGGUUUUCUUGUUGAGGAUGCUCUCGAAAUCAUAGCUCAAGUUCAGGUUAUCAGGGAGAAAGUCGAUAGACCUUUUCGUUGCCUUGAUCGUCCUUAUCGGAGAGAAUUGCUCCGUGUCUAUAUGACAAACGUGGAACAAAUUUACCGACGCUUUGUUGACGAGCAAAGAAGUAAACUUAGCAAGCUCAUUGAGGACAAAAUGAGAUGGUCCAGUUUUCGUGCUUUCUGGUCAGCAAUUGACCCAAGCACCAGGCAUCGCAUGUCCAGGGAAAAGACUGACACUAUACUGAAAGUUUUGGUGAAGCAUUUCUUUGUAGAGAAAGAGGUUACUUCCACAUUAGUGAUGGACUCUUUGUAUACGAGUCUGAAGGCACUUGAAUACCAGAUGAAAGGCAAGAAAGGCAGAACAAAAUUAGCAGAUUUGGAAGAACUACCUGCACCCAUGGUCCAUGUUGACGUGGACAUGUUUGUUUUGGCUGAUGAUGUUAUAGCUUUGCUUGAGAGACCAGCCUUAGAACCCUUGCCUUGUCAACCUUUAACUCCAAAGGAUGACAAGAGUUCCCAAAGCCGCAUGAAGGAUGGAAGUUCUGGUGAGGUUUACAAAGUUUCUAUGGAGCGUGAGGAAAGGCGUCUAACUGAGCUUGGUCAGAAGAUACUUGAAACAUUUGUGCUGUCUCAUAUAUUUAGUGGGAUUGAAGGUGCAUACCAAGAAGCCGUUGCUUUGAAAAGGCAAGAAGAGCUUAUUCGUGAGGAAGAGGAGGCAGGACUUCUUGAAAAUCAUAUGAAGGGGAAGCGUGGUGGUGGUGCAAAUGAAAAGGACAAGCGUGCGAAGAAAAAGCAGGCCAAACAAAAGAAGAACAAUCGUAAGGCUAAAGAUAAGGAAAGAGAUGAGAAAUAUGAAGUGAAAAUUCUGGAAAGAAUUCGUGAUGAAAUUGCAAUUGACAAUAGUGAUGGCUUACCAGCUAUGAAGGUGGAAGUGACAACAAAACUUGAUGCCUUGGAAGAUGGUGCUUCAGAUGGGUCAGACAUGCCAAGUAGAGGUAAAAUUCAGCGUAACAAGGGCUUAAGCAUUAUCAGCAUUGGUGAAGAAGGUGAUGGUCUUCCCUCCACCUCUAGUGUUGCUGGUGGUUCAGGCCGCAAUAGUUCUGGCUGUUGCACAGCUCCAAAAUUGGACCAGGAUACUGUUCUACUUACCUUGAGAGAUAAACUUCGUAAGCUGGGGCAGCGACUGCAUGAGAAGAACAUUGAGGGGCAAAAACUUCUCAAAGCUCAUUUUGAAGCUAGGGAUGCAAAAGCAAAGGCAGUAGAAUCUUCCAACUCAUCCGGUUCUUUGGAGAAGCCAUCUGAUGUUCCAGAGAGCCCAAAACAUUCCUCGGAAGUUAAAGUUGAUCUAAAAGUUAACGGAACACCAAAUAAGGAUGUCCCUGUGGUCAACUGCGUGCGGGAGGAAGCUGUUUCAGGCAUUCCAGCCACUACAAAUACUGAACCUGUGCCUGCUCCUGUCACAAGAAAAGCUGACCCAGUUUCAAACAAAGAUAAUGGAUCAAGUUCGAAAAUGAAAGCAACUAUAGCAUCUCCUUGUUGCUCCAAACCGCCUCCUAUUGAUAUGGAUAAAGAUGCCCCUCUUCCUUCUAAAUCACCGCGAAUCAAUAGAGCUGCUCCAGUUCCCCAAAAAUCAUCUUUAGUUGAUAAAGCAACUCCAGUUUCUCCCAAAUCUCCACCAGUAGACAAAGCAGCUCCAAUUCCUCCCAAGUCUCCAGCAGUUAACAAAGCAACUCCAGUUCAUCCCAAAUCUCCAGCAGUUGACAAAGCAACUCCAGUUCGUCCCAGAUCUCCAGCGGUUGACAAAGUAACUCCAGUUCGUCCCAAAUCUCCAGCAGUGGACAGAGCAACUCCAAUUCCUCCCAAAUCUCCACCAGUCGAGAAAGCUUCUCCAGCUCCACCGAUAUCAACAACAGGUGGUAAAGAUGCCUCCCUACCUUCAAGAUCACUGCAAAUCGAUAAAUCUGUUCCAGCUCCCCCAAGAUUACCACAAGUUGAUAAUGCUGCCAUGCCUUCCUCAGAAUUGUCACAAACUUCUCUGACCACUGACUCAGAAGCUCAAGAAGAGACUACUUCUGUGAAGGUCACAGCCACCUCAGUUUCUGAGGUUGCUGUUACAGCAUCGAGGCCUUCAAGUGCCCCUGUGUUUCCCACGCCAAGAUCAACUGCACCAGCUACUUCACGGAUUCAUGUUUCCACAUUGCUUUCUCGCUCGAUGAGUGAAGCAGCUGGAAGAUCAGUAAAUAAUCCAUCCCCUUCUGCCCCACCUUAUGUUCCACAGACCUACCGUAAUGCCACUGUUGGUAAGCCUGGUCUGGGUACUACCUCUGCAAGCCUUGCAUAUCAGUCAACUUCACUGGGUCAUGAUACCGCCCCUUCCCAGCCUCUGUCAGCAUAUGCAUCAAGUACAGCGAUCAUGAUGCCUCCUGCUGGAAGAUCUGAUCAGUUGUCAGCUAGGCAUGGAUUCAAGUCUGGGCUGGGUAAGUUAGAGGCACAUGACAGCUGGCAGAUGUGGAAAGGUGGUAGUAAUGCUGAUAAGCAUCUCUGGAGGGAUCACGCUCCUUACCAACAAAUGACCAACAGUCAAGCAUAUGAACAGCCUCGGAGGGAUGAUACUUAUCAGCAAGCAAGCAGCAGAGGAACAGAAAAGCUCAGUAGGUAUGGAGGACUGCAAUCUAGGCAGUUCCAAUCUGAGACAGCUGUUGGUCAUGCCUGGCACCAACCACAGGGGCCAGUAGGCGAAGAAUUUCCACACCUUGACAUCAUAAAUGAUUUGCUUGAGGAGGAUCACUGCAACGGCAAUAAGCCAGAAUUGUUUCGUCAAGAUUACCAGGCAUGUGGCCUGCCGUUUUCGCCUAGAGGCAACUUGGCAGAUCUGGAAAUGGCUUCUGUCAGUAGUCCUGGUCGGUUUAAUUCAACUGAGCGUUACUAUGACGAUGGAUUCUCAAGGGCCUAUGACAUGAGUGCUUUCCUUGGGUUGAGGGAAAGGCAGUUUCCCUCGACGGGUACUUAUUCUAAUGGCCUGUCUGACAUGAGUGCGUCGAAGCCUUGGCUGAAUGGCUCUCCUAAUUCAUUGAUGAGUCUUGGAGUUAACAGAAAUGGAUACCCGCACCAGGUGGGGGACUACACUAAUCUGGGGAGUGGGGUGAACGGAGCCUCUGUGUGGCGCCGCCAUGCCAACGGCCGCUGGUGCCAAUCACCUAGUACCGGUUUUAUGCAACGCUUCUCUCAAAAGAAAGUUUCAGGCUAUGCUUGAUACUAGCUGGAGAGGAGACUGUAAAAAGACUUGACCUGCGACUGUGGCUUGAG